AUGGAUAUCGGCCGAGCCGUGUCAGCUUGUCAAACAGGUACUCUAGAUUCUUUGGAGGAGCUGUUACAGGCUGGACUAGAUGUGAACGAGAAGGAUCCUGAUGAUUGUUCCCUUCUACACUGGGCUGCGAUCAAUAACCGCGUCCCUAUAUGUCAGAGAUUACUGAAAGAGGGUGCUGAUCCAAAUGUAAUUGGUGGUGUUUUAAAAUCAACCCCUCUACACUGGGCUGUUCGAGUUGGGAGUUUGGGAGCCUGUGCUGUGCUGGUGAAGUCUGGAGCUGUUUGUAAUAUACGUGAUACUCAGGGAUAUACUCCAAUUCAUUUAGCUGUGCAGGGUCAACAUAUCAAUGUGGUUGCUUAUUUACUUGAAAAAUUCGAUUGUGCCAGUUUAACAGAUAACAGCGGAACAACACCUGUUAUGUGGGCUGCUUUUCGAUGCUUUUCGAUCUUUCCUAUCAGAUUAAUUCUUCGGAAAAAUGUUGACGUGAAUAUCAAAGAAGAUCUUCAGGGAAAUACUGCUCUCCAUUUAGCUGCUCAGGAAAGAAACUAUGUUGCCGUCAGUGAACUUUUGAAAGCGGGAGCUGACGUGACUGUUCGAAACAAACAACAAGAAACUGCUUUAGAUAUAGCUAGAACUAAUCGCAAUCACAAAAUCAUUGGGUUACUUGAAGAGACUGCUAUUCAACAAGGCGUAUUACCCAGACGAUUUUGCGAUUCAUUCAAAUUUGUGAGAAAACCUGUAGAGUUUGUUCUGCCAGGGCUUAUAUUUUUAUUAACAGCAUUCUUAUUCUAUUCAUUCCAUUAUGGGCUGGCGGCGGCUUUAUUAGGCAGUGUUUUAAUACUAUGCUUUAAGUUACUUCGUUUUGAAAUGCAUGGGCCGGAUGCCACGCUUAUACCUAUUGGUAUUUGUGUUUCCGAACCAAUACUUAUGUUGAUAUUAUGGAUAACAAAAGUUCAUUGGUAUGCAACGUGGUGGCUCCAAAUUGCCUUCAUUUUGUUAUUGGUCGCACUGUUCAUUACGCUCAUCAAAAUAUCUCUCGGCGAUCCUGGAGUCGUGCCCAAAAAUCAAUCUGCAGCCGCUUUUGUGGAGUCCGUAGAGUCAUUAUGUUCCAGAGUCACUUACUGCUUUUUCUGCAUGGUUGACAAACCAGCGAAAUCAAAACAUUGCUCUGUUUGCGACAGAUGCGUCAAGAAUUUCGAUCAUCACUGCCCAUGGCUGCAUCAGUGCAUAACUAAGAAAAACUUGAGACCUUUCAUAGUUUUUGCAUUCUGUGUUGGAGUAUCAGCGGCAAUAUUUUGUGGAGCCAGUAUAAACUAUUCUACAACAAUCAUCCGAUAUGAAGGCUUCGAUUACUUCCUGGAAUCCGAAUGCCUUCUGAUAUUAGCCAUAAUUUUGUCCAUAUUCCAUGCGUUCGCUCUGUCAAUGCUAUUUCUGCAGCAGUGCUACCAGAUAUCUUCGACAACAACUACGUAUGAAGCCUUGAUGAAAAAUCGCUCAGGAGUCCUUCCUACAACAAAUAGCCACAGUACCGUAUCUGAAAAACCGCUUACGUGUUCUGACCGUAUUAAAAACCUGGUUGAGUUUUGUUCUGGAAGUUAA